AUGAGUUUGAUUACUUCCCCCGUGGAGGAGGACUGUGUGGAAGAAGAGAGGGAUGCUUCUCUUAUCGUGUUUGAUGAUGCAGAUGUGGCUGAGGCACUGGGAGAUUAUGUGAACUGCCUGGUGGGGCGCUUUCUUACUGACAAGCCUAUCCAUAGAGGAUCUCUCCAGAGUGCUUUAGGCAAUAUAUGGUGCAACCCUAGAGGCUUUAGGGUUGAAGAAAUUAAUAGCAAGGUCUUCCUGUUCCACCUUGAUGAGGAGAAAGACGCAAAGCGUAUUCUGCAAGGCUCGCCAUGGGUAUUCCGGAAUUCAUGGUUGCUCAUACAGCCCUGGAACCGACAUGUUGAGCCAGUUGAUAUGGCUUUCAACUCAGUUGCGAUUUGGGUGCAACUAUGGGGUUUACCCCUCCAUUGUCGUACUCUGAAAAUGGGCACGAAGGUGGGUUCUGUCAUUGGUGAAGUUUUGGAUGUUGACUUGUUCGAGCUUCCAGAUAAGCGUGUCAUUGUCAAGGUCCUCGUGGAGAUGAAUGUUAUGAAGCCGCUGCUGUCAGGAAUAAACGGUGGUAGCCACAAGGACGGAGUGUUCUGGAUCGAUUUCAAGUAUGAAAAGUUGCCACAAUUCUGUUUUAUAUGUGGCCGGAUUGGACAUGGUGACCAAUUUUGUCCAUUGAAUAAUGAUGGGGAGCCUCAUGACCUUGUGCAGAGGAAGUACGGGCCACGCUUGAGAGUUUCCAUGUCUGGUCGCAGGUUUUUGAAGAAAUCUGAUGCUGCUACAGGGGCGAGGCAUGGGACUCGAGGAGAACGGACAGUGAAUCGUGAUGUUGCACCAGAAAUUCUCGAGCGUUUUGCUCGAUUGUCUGUGGCGGGGAGAGGCGGUGGAAGUUCCCCUAGUGGGGCGGUGCCGGUUACUGAAAAUGUAACGGUUACCGAGCCCUCUCCACCUACACCCACGUUGGGUGAACGUGGAGGUUCAGACCUUGAAAACCUGAGUCGGUUGGAGAAAAACAAACUGCUGUCAGUUGGUGGAAAUUGUGGGGGAUCAUCAUGUGAUUUGGAGGCAGGUGGCACGCAUAAGAAGAAUGGAGAGAACAACAUGCGCAUACUUAAGGAACCGUUGACCACUGUUGAGGGUCCCACGAAAAUUCUUGCUUCACACAACAAGGUAGCUGAUGAGCCCCUACAUUUUUCUACAGUGCAACCUGACCCACAAAGUGAGCUCAGUGAAGAUAAUCCGAUACCUCAGCAUUCUCUACGCCGUUUCAAAAAACUGGGUAGAGAAGUACCCUCCAAUGACUCAAAGGAGCAUAAGGUUGUGAUAAAGGAGAGUAACAAACGACAAAUGGAAGACUCAGAGAUGAUGCCGACCCAAAUUUCUGAGUUUCCAGUAGAGAAAAAACAAUGUGUAUUGCCAACGGUGGAGGCUGGUAACCAGCCCCGCCGACAGCCAUGA